AUUGUUUUGGUUACGUGCAGAAUGUUGCGUGCCAUUAAUUUUCGCUUUGGCAUACGCCUUUAUUCUGUGAAGCCGGUGAAAAAAGAUGCCAAUAAGUAUACAGAUACAAUAAAUUUGCCCAGAACCAGAUUUCCAAAUCGCUUGAGUGCUGCCAAACGCGAGCAACUGGAACAAGAAAUUUUGGAUCAUAAGAUUGCGACCGCUUAUCAGUACCAGGAACAGCACAAGGGUAAGCCAACUUUUGUGCUGCACGAUGGACCACCCUAUGCCAAUGGCCAGUUACAUAUGGGCCAUGCCGUCAACAAGAUACUUAAGGAUAUUACGUUGCGUCAGCGAUUGGCACAUGGACAGCAAGUUAAUUACAUACCCGGCUGGGAUUGCCACGGCUUGCCCAUCGAGUUGAAGGCAACUAGCACGGCGGCGGGCGAGCAGACUGCAUUGGAAAUACGGCAGAAAUCACGAGCCUUUGCCUCGGAGGCCAUCGAAUCACAAAAGGCAGACUUUCGCAGCUGGGGCAUUUUAGCUAGCUGGCAACCAGAGCAAAUCUACUUGACCUUUAAGCCAGAGUUUAUUGCAAAUCAGCUACAAAUGUUUUACAAUCUGUACGAGCGUGGACUUGUUUACCGUGAUCUCAAGCCUGUCUACUGGUCGCCCUCCUCUAAAACAGCGCUGGCGGAGGCUGAGCUGGAGUAUGAUCCGAAAUUCAUUAGCCCUUCGGUUUACUUACGAUUUGGGUUAAACGGCUUAGUAGCUGCUGAAGUUACAAAGGGCAAACAAAUCUAUGCGCUGGUUUGGACGACAACGCCGUGGACACUGCCCAGUAAUCAAGCCAUCUGUUAUAAUAGUUCGUUGGAAUAUGUGCUGGUCAAGCUGUUGGAUCGCAACCCAAAUGAACUUUACCUCAUGGCAUCUGCGCUCGUUUCUGACUUUGAGAACAGCACGCAGUUGAAGUGUGAGAUUGUAGAGCGUAUGCCUGGCAGUGCAUUGCAAAAUUGUAGCUAUCAACAUCCCAUUGACAAAGGACAAGCAAAUCUGCCAUUCUUUGAAGCUACACAUGUUCAGGAUAGUAAAGGCACAGGCCUGGUGCACACAGCGCCAGCUCACGGGCCAGAUGACUUUCUGAUUAGCCUGGCCAACAAGUUAUCCGUUAAGUGUUACGUCAACGAAGCGGGCAUUUAUACUGAGGAAGCGCCUGAGUUCCUGCGUGGACAGUCAGUGUUGGCGCAGGGAAAUUCACUAGUGCUGCAACAUAUAGCCGAUGACGUAUUGCAUGCAUCCCAGUUCGAGCAUUCCUACCCAAUUGACUGGCGUACCAAGCAACCAGUUAUAAUUCGAGCAAGCGAACAGUGGUUCAUCAAUACGGAUAAGCUAAAAGCACCUGCAGCUGCUGCCCUAGAACGUGUGCAAAUCUAUCCACGUGUCAAUGCUGAAUCGAGCAAAAAAGCCCUACUGACUCAGCUGCAUAAGCGGCCCUAUUGGUGCAUCUCAAGACAACGUGCCUGGGGCGUGCCCAUACCUGUACUGUACAAAAAAGACAAUAAUCAGGUGGUGCUCAAUGCAGCUUUGAUUGAGCAUCUGUGUGGGUUAUUGCGCUCCGAGGGCUCAAUGGAUUUUUGGUGGUCUAAGUCGCUGGAUGAGCUACUGCCGGACAAACUUUUAAAACAGAUUGGUUGUGAAACAAAUCAGCUUAGUAGGGGGAACGACAUCUUUGAUAUUUGGUUCGAUUCGGGUAGUACUUGGUCUGCGGUGCUAAAAGAUCAGCCAGGACAAGUAGCCGAUCUGUACUUAGAAGGCUACGAUCAGUUCACCGGUUGGUUUCAAUCGUCGCUCUUAACGAGCAUAGCUGCACGCAAUUGUGCGCCCUACAAAGCGCUUUUUGUACAUGGUUUUACAGUGGACGAAAAGGGUUAUAAGAUGUCGAAGUCAUUGGGCAAUGUCAUUUUACCCAAGCAAAUAACUAAGAAGUUUGGCACAGAUGCGCUCCGCUGGUGGGUAGCUUCACAUGGCACUCAACAUAUGUCCAUUACAGUCAGCGAGAAGCUGCUGCAGCAGGCAGCCGAAAGUCUUAGCAAGGUGCGUGGCACGCUACGCUACCUUAACGGAGUCAUCAAUCAGAAGGAACAGAGGCUGCCUAUACCAGCGAAUAAUAGCUAUUUGAAUAAAUAUCUCUUACACAGUCUGGUGGAAUUUGAGGAGGAGAUAGAAAUGCUUUACAAUGCCUAUGAAUACAAUCGUGUUGUGGCCAGCAUUCAGAAUUUCAUUGCGAAUCAGGUUUCAAGCAUUUACGUGCAUUUGAUUAAAGAUCGUCUGUACUGCGGCAACAGUCAGGAGCUGCAGGAUAUUCGCUGCACGCUCAGCCACUGUUACAGACUGCUUUGCAAGGCUUUGUGGCCCAUUGCGCCGUAUUUAAUCGAGGAGAGUUGGAGCUAUUACGAACCGACUGGAAGUGCCUUCCACGAGGAAACAGUGCAAGCUGACAAAGAUUGGAGAAAUGUGCAAGCUACCCAGAUAGUAAAUGCAGCAUUGGAUAUCAAACGUAUUGUUAACCAACAGGCAGGCGAUGUCAAUAGUUGGCAUCUCUCAGUGGGCAUCAAAUGCUGCUCACCGCAGCAAUUGGAAAUGCUUACCGCAUUGCAAGGCAAGUUGGAUGUGCCAAUUGCGAACACGGAACUCUGUGAGAUUCUACAAGUAGGUAGUGCUACAGUUGAGUCUCAACUAGACUCCUCCGUGGAUACAGCUAUGGUUAGGCUACAAACGCUGGAUUCGUCGCUAUGUCCUCGUUGUCGACGCUUUAGCAUUGUACAGCAAGAGAUUUGCGGCAGGUGCUCGGAAAUAUUAUCUACCAAGAAUUAAAAAUAUUGUUUGUAUAGGUUAUUUGUGUAAAAGGUAAUACGU